AUGACCCCCGAGGAGGUGCCCCAGGGCUCCUCCCCCCACCGAGUUGUUCAGAGCUCCACUGAAGGCGGUGAGGAGUUACCUGAUAAGGACUCAUCUGGCUCGUUUCCCCAGCAAGGGGAUGCUGCCGCUGUGGAUAACCCCGAGCCACUGACAACAUCACAGGACCUGGCAGAAGCCUCAGGGGAUCCCCCCUCGGUCUAUCUGAAAACAGCAGAAGCGAGCGGUGGAGAAGGGCAAGAUGGUUUGGAAGAACAGCCUAAGGACGCAAACAUGGGCAACGAUGAAGAAGGUGAUGCACGACUAGAGGGCAAUGAUCAGGAAAAGUACUCUUCUGGCGACAUAAGGAUCCACAUCGCAAGCGGCCUCGACGGGAUCAUGGGCGUGUUGGUGCGGAAGCAGAACUUGAAGCGAAUGGGCCUACUAGAAGGUGAAGACUCUGCUUGUGUCUUGAGCCCAUUCAAAAGCUUUUCGAAGAGGGCCAUACUGCAGGAGAUAACAAAGAAAGGAAAGGACUCCGACUGGGCUGAGCACAAGGCUAUUAUCAAAGCCUAUCCUUUAGAGGACGUGCUGCUGGUGCGGGAUGAAGCAGGCAGCUAUGGUGCAAAUUACCUGAUGCCCUUCACCGAAAUAGCAUUCAAGGCAGUUCACGAAGCAAUUACGACAGCCAGUGCGGAAGCCAGUGCAGCGAGAGGAGAGGCAGAAUCGAAGAAAAGACAGGAUUUGGAAAUGGAGGCUAAAAAGCGUUUGAGAGACGAAAAUGCCGAUAUCCCUUUAACCCCCCGCGACUGGCAGUCGGAGACGGCGGAUAUGACGGCGAAUGAAAUUGAAGGAAUGACAAUAAAAGCAAAACGACCACUACUGAAGCAAACGUUUCUCAAGAGGGCAGAAGAAUUGGGCUGUAUUGCCUCCUACCAGCCCUUUGCUGACCGUGUUUUGUCCCUCAAAACACUCAAAGAUACUCUCUCCGUCGACAUCAAGCAAGAACUCGACUUUGGCGUCCAGGCCGUCCCUUCAAUGCGAGACGCCUGGUCCCAGGCGGCAGGAGACGCAAUGAAUAGUGUAGAGAUACAGCACGACUCAAAUAGUCUAACAUUAUUUCAGUUAUUGGCUGAUGUGCCCAUCUCUUCUAGGAUAGAGGAAGCUUUGCAACAGAACGAAACCGUGGAUAUCCUCAAAGACGACUUGUCGCAAAUGGAAACCACGGUUAGCGCUUCAGUCCAAGAGCCGGAAGAAGGGCUCAAGGAGGUGUUCACAUUUACAGACCUCUCAUAUUCAAAAAACAAGCUCAUUUCCUUCAUUAGGUGGAUUCCUGAGUACGCCGACACUGCUUUCGGCCUGCACAUCACGGCGAUACGCUAUCCUCCCACUUUGUCCAAAAAUGCAAUUUACUAA